AAGUAAAAAGUUCAAAUGAUUUGACCCAGUGUGAGCACUACACCAAACCAGUAUCAGAGAUUCCACAGACCCACAGACAUUGGCGAGCAAACAGAUAUGCAACAGACAUGUUUUGUUAUAAAAACAAGGUAUGGGCACAAGUGUUACGUUCGUACUGACACAAAAAUUCCAGUGAAUUUAAACAACAGCAAAGCAGACAAACCGGAAAUAUCGGUUAUUGUGACUGGCAGAGCGACUGAACUAUUAGAGCAGUGACCGUGUUUAAGUGGGCUGGACAAUAACAGUUCUGGCUCGGGUCACGUGAUGGAAACACAAGCACCUCCUUGUUCUGAUAUUAUUCUGCGCUUUAAAGGCUACGUGUAGCUACAUUGUAAUAAACAUAACGCUUGGCGUUUGGUUUUACUCAAGUGAUAUGAUAGCAGAUGUAAUCCAGAAUGUCACAGGAGAGCCACAGGACAUCUGUGUUCACCUUCCAGUCAUCCGUGCACAGUUCCCACGUGCUGCGCUGUCUGGAUGAGCAGAGACAGAAAGACCUCCUGUGUGACCUGACGGUGGUGGUGGAGAACCGGAGGUUCCGGGCACACCGCUCGGUUCUGGUCUCCUGCAGUGAUUACUUUGGUGCCCGCAUGACCAAUCAUGCCAACCAGGGUCUUGUUAUCGCCCUGCCAGAUGAGGUUAGCGCAGAAGGAUUCGAGCCCUUGUUGCAGUUUGCAUACACCUCAAAACUGCUCUUUACCAAAGAAAAUGUGCUGGAGAUCCGCAACUGUGCGAACGUUCUGGGCUUUAAGAACCUGGACAAGGCAUGCUUCGACUUCAUCCUGCCCAAGUUUUUUGACAGUAACAGAAACUCCUCAAAAGGCCCUAGAAAGCAGUGCUGUAAGACUAAAUGCUGGAGAUCAACCAAAGCCAAGUCAAGCUCAAACGACGAUGGUGUCGAUGAUGGUGUCCACACCACUGUCAACGAUGGCGUCAAAGACGGUGUCGACUAUGGCAUUAAUGACAAUGUCAACGAUGGUGUCAACGCCAGAGAAGCACCUUCAGGGCCUCCACCCUUCCCUGCUGAGUGUGAGGAGAUGGAGCCACAUUGCCCUUAUAAACCGGACAGGACCACUGCGAGAGGCUGCAGUCCAUGUGGCUUUGAGACGGAGGCAGAGGUGGCAUCGGACUACUCCCUGUUGUGUCCGAAGUACCGCAAGUUCCUUUUGGCAUGCGGAAGGAGCCAGUCCAACGUAGAUGCCAAUGGGUCGGAAGCUGAGAUCACCGACGGUUCCUGCCCCCUCCGGUGCCUGCCUUGCUCCAGCGCGGUCCUGCCGUCAGAUGAGACCUCUCCACAAGUCGAGGAAGCGCUGCCUUCCCCUUGCUGCCUGCUCACCAAGCAGUCCCUACCACUGGCUCCAUCCUUGCAGGAAGUGGUAGAGGGUCCUGCUGCAAGAAUCCUGGAUAAGGAGUCCAGAGCCUCAGACUGCAUCGUGGGGACCAACUGCCCGAGCCUGAGUGGUGCCCCCGGGCCAGAGCCAAGGACCUGUGAGGAGAUCGAGGUGGCCAACCAGCUCACCUUGUGGCACAAAGUAUGCAACCUCAGCACAGUGACAUCAGCACCAGAUGUACUGGAGAGAGGCCUGGAGCAGCAGUGUCUGAGGCAGUCAGAGUCGGGGCCCAGGACUACAGAGUGCCCCUUCCUCAGGGACAUGGCUGCAGUGAGUGCUCGGGAGGAGGGUAACGACAGGCCGGUGCACUCGGCUGAGAGCCCCUAUGCCUCCUCCAUGCAGUCGGGCGAGGAUUCGGACAGCUUCGACACGGAGGGCGACAGCGAGUCCUACACUAGCAUGCGAGCGAGUGAGAUGCAGCUGCCAUUCUCCGUGGAACAAAUCGCAUCCCUCAGCCGCAACGAUUUCCAGCAGAUGCUGAAGGUGCACUGCCUGACGCGUGAGCAGCUCGAAUUUGUGCACGACGUGCGGCGGCGCAGCAAGAACCGCAUCGCCGCCCGCCGCUGUCGCAAGAGGAAGCUGGACUGCAUCUACAACCUGCAGUGUGAGAUCGAGAGGCUGCGGAGUGAAAAGGAGAAGCUGACCAAUGAGAAGCAGCAGCUGGACCAGCUGAAGCUGAAGACAUGGCAUAGCUACACAGGUCUGUACGACAGGCUGUGUGCUGAGGCCAGGCUCCAGCCAGAGCAGGUUCAAGUACUCGCCAAGUACACCUCCGUGGGGAACUGUCCGCUCUCUGCCCACCUGUCUGCCGAAGCAUGCUUCCACCACUGUCCUGAGGCCGAACUCCAGGCCAGGGCUGUGGGAUGUGCUGCAGGCCUCGCUGCUGCCGCCAAUAGGUGUGAGCCUGGGCCGUCCACCAGCUCAGCACUGGAGCCCCCUGCUGGCAGGGCCAGAGCCGCAUUGCAGAGUCUCACUACUCCAGCGCCUCUAAUGGCCUUGCCUGACCCCCGACCUACUGACCCUCUACACACAGAGCCAUGUGAGGUGGCGUCCAUCAGAGAAAUCUGUCCAGACCAAAUAAGCAAACUCGAAACAGAAAAAUACUAAGGUGCUUCGUCGUUUUAUAUUUUCUUUUCAAACAAAGUUUUUGAUUUAAUGAGGGCAAUUGAAAUGUCCUUAUUAAAUUUCUUUGCUUACUGUAUGAUGCAGAUUUUUUAUUGUCAGUAGUACAAUCAGUGUAUCAUAAUUGAAACCACCUCUGUUUUGUGUCUCUGUGGUUGUAUAGCGAUUCAUUUAUGAGUGUCUGUAUGAUCCUAGACCUUUUCACUCAUCCAGAAGUUAGUUCAGUGUUCUCAGAGUUAUACAAAUGACUCAGUGACCCGAAGGAUACUUUUUACAGUCUUAAAGCAGGUUUCUCCUGAUCAGAUUCCCCUGGGUUUGUUCGAAUGUCAGAUUCAUUUUUUUAUUUUUUUUAUUAGCAUUUGUCCUCCGUCAUGUCCCCAUUAUCAUUUAAGCCUUGUCUGUAUCCUCCCCAAAGCGCCUGGUAAAGACCCAUUCUCAGGAGAUCUAAUGUGGCAGGUACAGGAAUAUAA